AUGCUGCCCAGCUCCAUCCAGAUUUCGGGGGAGCCGCUGUCAGGCGCUGAGGUGCGGGACAUCUGCCGCGGCCUGCGCGACAACGCGGUGCGCCUGCUCUCCCUGCGAGGUUGUCGCCUGUGCGACCGCGACUUCGGACGCAUCUGCCGGGCCCUAGCUGGAGCCACAUCCCUGGCGCAGCUCAACCUUAACCUGGGCGUCGUGUCCAGCCCCAGCCGCAUCAAGCAGCUGGCGGAAGCGCUACGGACCAACCGCUCCAUCCAGUCCCUCUUCCUGCACGGGAGCCCACUGACGGAUGCGGGACUGGCCUUGCUGAACCCUGCCCUGGCUCUCCACCCUGCCCUGGUGGCUCUUGACCUGGGGGACUGCAUGCUGGGUGAUGAAGCCAUCAACCUCAUCUGCGGCCUCCUCCCUCCAGACGGGGCCAAGUCUGGUUUGAAGGAGCUAACACUGAGUGCCAACCCUGGCAUCACCCCUAAGGGCUGGAGCCGCCUCGCCAUUGCUGUGGCCCACAGCUCCCAAGUCCGCGUCCUCAACCUGGACUACAACCCCCUGGGUGACCAUGUGGCAGGGAUGCUGGCUGUAGCUGUGGCCUCAAGCCGUACCCUAGAAGUCCUAGACUUGGAGGGCACAGGGCUCACCAACCAGUCAGCUCAGACCCUACUGGACAUGGUAGAAAAUUACCCAACUGCUUUGCGGAGCCUGGUGUUGGCUGAGAACAGCAUUAGCCCAGAGCUGCAGCAGCAGAUCUGUGACCUCCUCUCUGAAGGGGAGGAAGAGGAAGAGGUAGCAGGAGGGGCUGUAGACACCCAGGAGUGGGGGAGAGGCCGGGAGCCUGCUCCCCACCAGCGGAGUGGCAGCUCCUGGAUGUGUCCCAGCGAUCCCAGCUCUCAGAUGGUGCUAAUGACAUCAGGACUAGGGGACAGUCUGUUGGCUGAGACCGAGAUGUGACUCUCCACGUGAGCUUCUGCGCAUCAUUACAUUUGUAUGUGUC